GGCUAACAAGCGCAUUUACAACAAAUACAAUAUGUGUAUAAUAUAACAAUGUAUAGAAUUUCUAUAAAUGGAUUUCAACUUCAGAAAAUAACAGUAAAACAAGUUCAAUACAUUUCACCCAUACGAGUCGGUCUUUAUAUGGGAUUGUGUACAAUGCGCUAUAGCAACUCAUAAUCGAUGCAUUGAACCCCUAGCAUUAAACCUGGCCUUUUCAUGAAAGAAAAUAAAUAAGUCAAUAUUGGAGAUUAGCAGGCAAAUGAGGAGAAUUCUCCUAAUCCGAAUGUGUUAAUAAUUGAAGGAUAUAAGUUCACAUGUAAUAUUUGGGAUCGGGUACACUGGUCAAGUUAAGUGCAGGUGAAAUUUUGAAACAAAAGGAUCAUAAGUUAUAAAUAAGAACUUAUCAGUGAAUACAGUAACGAUUUACUACAUUUACUACAAUGGCAGAAUGUGAUAAAUAAAAACCAAGAUGGCGGGUGACAGUUUAUGUGUCGGAGACGUGGUCUGUUUAUAUUCUGAGGAGUCAUACGGAUUUGUGUUCAGCUACCAAACUAGCACGAUCCACUCAGAGCUUGGUGUUUAUGGCAGACAGGAAAGGGAGAAGCCAGACAUCCCCGAUCCCCAAGUGGUCAGUUUUAAAAUAUGUGUGCCAAAUAGAUACAAGUUAAAUAAAAAACAUCGGAAAUUGUUGGAGAAGUCCGAAGCCGCUCCCAAUGACCUUCAACUCAAGAACCAGUCAUCCCAAGCCAAGUUGGCGGCGGAUGCAGAGAAUGAAGACAAUAAAUCAGAACAGGGAAGGCAGCUUGGAAAGAAGCUCCUCUAUGGACAAGUUAUACAGUUGCGGCAUGUGUUCUCUGGGAAGUUCAUCCACGUGAGUACGACGCAGACAUCAAAGACGGAGUCUUCGAACAUGCAGGUGGAGCUAAAUCCUCAUAAUUUGAAACAAGCUCAGUUCCGGGUGAUGCCAAGGUACAAAGUCAAAGCUGAGGGAGAUAUCGUACAAGUAGCGGACCAAGUAGUCCUGGAAAGUGUAAAGUCCCCAGGCCAAUUCCUUCACGUUAGCAAAUCACAAUUUGGUGUGCAAUCUGUUUAUGCGAACGAACACGAGUUGAAUCUAUCUGUACGUCAAAGUGGUUUCUCCUGUUAUCGAAGAGACAAACCUACGUCAGAUCACGAGAACAAACUAAAGGCAGGAGUGCCUAUACGCCUAUAUCAUAAGGAAGUGGAGGCUUACAUGGUCGCAGAGGGGUUAUUCGGUGAAGAUCUCAUGGAAGAUGUACACCUACGUGUUAGAGCUCUCGAUCAGAACAAUCCAAAAACACUUUUCCCUUCAAGUUCUGCACUCACCUAUUGGGAAAUUGAAUUUGAAGGCGGGGGAAUCGAUGGGGGUGUCAUAAAGUGGGAACAACAGGUUAGGAUAAGACAUAUGUGUACAAGAAAGUGGUUGAAGGUAAACAAGUCAGCUGUGACAUUAACAGAGAGUCACGAUGAUCCGUCCACUGUCUUCAAACUACAUCCUGUCAUAAAGGAGGGCGACGAGAUCAUGUACGAGACAUACUGCAGAAUAGAGCACGCUGUCACCGGGACGUGGCUUCAUGCCUUACAUGAUGAAUAUGGACGCACUCAGGUCUUUGAUGACAAUGACACUUCGAUGGCUGGUUUAAAGUGGACCCACGCCCCAUUGAAGAAGUUGACCCUUAGCGAGGAGAUGCAGUAUGAUGAUGCGUUUACAAUACAAUACGUAGAGCAGGAUCUCGUGGAAAUAUUCAACUUCAUGGCUGGCAUGGUGCCUUUUAUACAAAAACUCAUAAAAGACAAAAAAGAAAAAGGAGUUCACCUCAAUUCGAAAACAACUCAUGAGAUCGCUACUGCACUGAACGAAACUAAGAAAUUCAUGAUCGUUAAUAGUGUCCCUUCUAAACAAAGACAGAAGUUGCUAAGGAAUCUUAGAAUCGUGGAGCUAUUGGUGAAACUGCUUCAAAUCCCAUAUAGACACAGCCCUGAUCAAACGCACCUGACAAAGAUCUUCGUGGAAGGCUAUGACGUAUUAUACACAUAUCUAAUGGGUGACAGCAGGAAGAAUGAAUUGUACAUCGCUAAACAUAUUGAGUUCUUCCAAUCCCAGAUAUCGUACGAGGGCGAUAUUGGUCUCAAUGCAGCCCAUAUGGUGAUGGAACUGGUAAAGGAUAACAGAAAGAUAGUUGAUCGAAUAACACAUGCUCACAUCGACAGCUUUGUAGAACUUCUUCAAAGAAACAAGAAUUUCCGAUACCUCGAUUUGCUGAGCGUGCUCUGUGUAUGUGAUGGUGUCUCAAUUCCAGACAAUCAGAAAUAUAUUGUGGAAAUAUGGCUCACAAAAGGACAGCGGAACUGCGUAUUUUACACUGAACUAGGCCAAGCUAUAGAGAAGGAUUCAAAUGUUGUGUACGUCUCAUGUGACAACAAGAGAACAUGGAUUGCCUUACACGACUUUGUCCAUCAGAAAAAGUUGGAAAUAGAUGAGGAGUUCCUCUUUCUUGAUCAUCAGUUGGACCUCUUUGGAAAACUCUGCUAUGGACGCAAUGAAUUUGCCAUCAAUGUAAUAACACAGGAACUUGGCUAUCUGACAUGGCAAGAGGCAUUCCUCUGUCUAACCAAUAAGCAGCUACCAGAUCAACUCAGGGCAAAGUAUUGCCAUCUCAUCAUCAGUCUCUUUGUUGACGUUGGUGAGAACACAUCUGUAUUGGAUCGUAUUAACCUCACCUUUGUCUAUGAUGACAUAGGUUUGGGUAACUCUGACACGAUUAAAGAAAACAAAGACAAGGAAGGGAUGACACCAAGAUCAUCAGCAACCACUAAAUAUUUCCCACAACUUCGUGAUUGGAUCGAGGUGUUCUUAGAAGAGAACAAGGAUAUGACGGCAUCUCUGAUUGGUCACAACAUGCUCGUCGAACAGGUAUUGCGGCUGGUUCAUUACCUCGUAAAGUAUGGUUACUAUGGCCAGACUGAUGAUAUUAAGAAACUACUCGGACCUUUACUCAGCCUACUUGAUGGUCGUAACGACAAACCAUACCCUGUCGUUUCAGGUGUCUCGGAAAAUGUCCUUUCUCACUACAGAAAGGUUGGAAGAUUUAGGCAGAGUCCCGAAACAAAGGCAAUUGUAGAUGCAAAGCAUCAGGCAAUGGAAGUGCUUGACUUGUUCUUUAACUUUCGGUUCAAUACGCGAUUGGAGAGAUUUGUCAGUGAAUUCAAAUCCAUUCACCAAAUGAGUACAAGUCCAUACACCAAGUCAUCUCAUGGAUCAGAGUUAGGAUCACUUCUCUACGAAACGUUCCAGCUAGAGGAAAGCAGCAGCGUCAAUAGUUGCGCAAUGAGAGUUUUAAAUGAGAUGUUCACGGAGUCAUCCUAUUUCAAAGGCUUCGCUUUGGUGGACAUAUUACUAGACCUGUCGCAUUAUGAAUAUGAUAAGAUGGUCACCCAGUCAAUGCAGCUUCUUAAUCGCUACUACUCGGCUCAUGACUAUUUAUUCAAGAGAGCCGUGCAAGCUGAGAUUCUGAUAACUGACAAAUCGUGUGAGGUUCUUCACAAAUUGCGUGCAAUGCUGCCAGGUAUGAGGAGACUCGCUACAUCUAAGAUGAACCAAGAACAGACGAAUAUGAUGAGUAACAUUCUCGAUAAGAUGAUAGGAUUUUGUCACUUGGAAAACGAGCCAGAAGAGAGACACCCAAUGAAUCAGAAUAUCCUAUACAAUCAUGAAGUCGUCGCAGAUUGCUUUAACAUUCUGUCACAAGAAAUAGACGUGAGACUCCUGGACCAAUAUGCUGGCUUGAAAAAUAUCUUCAAAAAGACGUUUAAGUUGAUGAAAAUGCUAUCCAGGGGGAACUGUGUAGUGCAACAUAGACUGUUCAACAGACUCGACAAGCUACUUGGUGUAAAGGGUGCCGAGUCAGAAAUGGCCGAGUGCCUAACAGAGGUUUUCACAGGAAACAAGUCUACGUGUUUGAAGAUACUUGCUCACCAGGUCCAGAAGAUAAUGUCCAUUGCGGCAGCUAAUGUGAAAUCAUCACCCGAAUUCCUUGACCUCCUAAACGCUAUUGUAAAGGUAGAAGAACUCAAUCUGCCACUUAAGAGGAAUCAGGGCUAUGUAAUGAAAUAUUUCAUGCAGUAUAGGAGCGAAGUGGCUUAUAUGAUUGAUCAGGGAACUACUGAGCGCAUGCGCAUUCUCACUGGAGGAAAUUCGAAAGAUCUGAGCGCCUUGAUAUCCCUUGUUGAUUUACUUGCUACAUGUGCAGAGGACAUACCGUCAACAGGGAAAACGAAUGGUGCAAGUUAUACAAAAUCAGGUGAAAAUCGAUUCAUCGAGUCCAUAUGCCAGACAAUAUUCAGUGUAGAUGAACUACUGGAUGUGAUCAACCACAAGGAUAUAUCCAACAACUUGAAAAGACCAUACCUGCGCUUUCUCCUCUGGGUUUACUUAAACACUGCUGGAGGGAUGAUCGAGAGUGGAUCCGGAGAUAUGCCCCAUGACAGCCGUGUGUGGGCAUACAUAGAGAGCCUAGUUGCAGAGCUGAAGCAGCUGACUGUUUACACAGCAAAGAACAUAGAAACUGUGAAACAACUCCUCAAAAAACAACCAGACAAAUGUGGUUAUGGAAAGAUGGAGAUAUCUAUACCACUUGAUAACCCAGAGAAGUUGGACCAGCUAAUGAGUGAACAAGGGAGCACUGACCGGGAUUUACACCAUGGCGGCCUACACUACAUCUUUGAUGCAGUCAUGCCAUUCCUACAGGUCUUCUUUCGUACUUACUAUUCCCCUAACAGAGAAAGUAAUCCCCAAGAGGCGGAUUGUGUUGAUACAUUAGCAAAAUCUCUUGUGGACUUUGUCGAUUGCUGUGGACCUUUGUUAAGUGACACCACACAUGUGAAGACAAUGACAAGCUGCAUGAGUAGUGUCCUUUCGGCCUCCACUCUCCCUGUUAAGGUGAUGGAACAGUUCCAAGAGAAGUACGGGGCUGGUUCUGAACAACUUGACAUCAGAAGUGAUGCCAGGAAGGCAUAUGAGGAAUACUACCAAGCAGAAGAAGAACUAAAUGUGCAGUUGAACAUCUACUCAGUCAACUUCAGUGUUAUCUAUGGAGGGCCAAAUGAUGUAAAGACACAGAUUUCUUUCCCUAAUGAUAUAGAGUACACUGAUAUUGGCGGAAAUGAGGAACUCCCAUUAGGACAAGAGUUUCAAGAACACAUAAAGUGCUUUGUGAAUGAUGAUAAGACCCCAUCACAAAGAUACCAACUUGCUGGAAAGCUAGUGGAACAACUCCAAAUAUCAGCUUCCCACACCCAAUUGACAGAAAGGGAUCGAUUAGAACAGCAGAUGCUUGACAUCAAAUCUUUACAGUUGUUGAGAGCUUCAAUCCACAAUGAAAUAGUGAGACUACCAGAUGACUGGGAGAAUGAUAUCACAAAUAACAAAAAGAAACUCAAGAGGAUAGAAGAAGCACAGAACGCUCUCAAUGAGCAUGAUGCGAUAUUGAAAGUUCUUCCCCACCUGUCAAAACCAGGGGAUGACAUCAUAAGAGAGGUCCUGGCAUUCGUUGCCUGUAUGCUGUUUGGUGGAAACAAAAACGUUCAGGCAAGCAUGUGUGACUAUUUCUAUGGAACAAGAGAGGAGAGAUUCUUUGCCGCAGUUAAAAAUCGUAUGAACUUAUCUGCAAUUGCAACCAAAGAAAAACGGUCACUCAUGGCUCAACAUCAGGCAAAGAUAGACGAGGCAAUGGAGCAAGCAAAGGCUUUGAGGAAAGCUAUGAAAUCUGGCCAGAUAGCAGCACAGGAGAUAUUGGCUGCAAAUAAAACUCUAGGCUCUACAAUGAUAGGCUCCCGAAUGUCAAUUGGGAAGCGAAAGGGUGGACUACUUAAACCAGGGACUUCCCAAGGAAGACGAUCUGGUAGUAGACUCUCUUCUCGUGAUCCACGAAAACACCUGGGUGGAACUUCUAAUAUGUUACCCGACAUGCCAUCUAUGACAAAAGGUCAUAUCAGAGGUCACACUCCAAUGAGUAAACAAUCGCCACGUAUUGAUAGGCCCCAAAGCGUAUUUGCUACGCCAGGGUUAUGUGUCACAGAAGCAGAUGAAUCAGACAUGAUUGGUUUUGUUCAGGAGGACGCGACCAUUACGAAUGGAUCAUCUAGCAAGCUGAAAGGAAGAUACGGAAGGCUAAGGGCGAGUAAUACAAGUCUGAACUCAAACAAUGCUAAUGGAAGCCAGUUGUUGGUCAGCCAGCUCAAUACUCUGUCUCAACCAGCCAAAGAUGCCGAGACGCCAAGUGGCAUCGAACUGGUUCCCAUUCAGAAACAAGAGAGGACUCUUUCCAAAAACAAAGUAGGACCGAUGAGUGAGGUAGACUUGAAAGAAGAUGAUGACGACGAUGCUGAGCUACAACAGUUAGCAUCAAUGCUGGUUGGUGAGAUGGAUGAUCUUGAUUAUAAGGACGAGGGAUAUAUAGAACUUGUUCUCAGAGUGCUGGCGUUUAUGUGUGAUGGUCAAAACGCGGAGAUCCAAAACUAUCUCAGGGAACAGCCAGACAACAUUAAGUCGUUCAAUCUUGUGGCUGAGACUGCCCGGUUCUUAAGUCUCCUUUAUUCCAACAUCAAUGCCAAUACAAUAGGCCUUGUGACUCAGCUCUUCAAUACACUUGUGGAAUUCACAUCGGGCAAUAUCUACAAUCAGGCGAUUGUGUUCGAUAAUAAAGUUUGUGAUUAUAUAAAUUUUAUAUUGCGAAGCUCUUCUUUCCAAGGAUGCACUGCUGGAGAGAUAUUAGAGCUUAAACAAGCUAUUGUGACACUUAUCAAAUCUCUAACAGAGGAAAAUACAAAGAUAUCAAAGGAUGUGCCAGCUAAAUCACCAACACAGAAAGGAGAUCAACUACAAAGAGAGCCGUUUGAAGAGAUGCAAUUACCGCAUGAGAAGGACAAGAAAAGCAAUGCAAUGCUUAAAGCUUUGCCAUUCAUUAACCCGUUACGAAAGGAUGUGACUGAGUCCUUGGACACUGACAGCAUACACCAGGUGAUGAUAGAUUGCUUCAAACUUAUACAGCCUAAAGAUGCCAUACAGAAGCAUGGUGAAGAUAUGGUCGACUUUUUAAAUGAUGUUGGGUUUGCCUAUUACCACGUACUGUGCAGGAUGAUGGAUCUCGAUGAAAAGGGCACAAUUAAGAAAGAUGACCUGAUAAAGACCAACCUAGACGAGAUAGCAUGGGAAUAUUACAGCGCAAGCACUCUUUCCAUUGAAAUACUCAAAGAUGAUCAACUUCAGAAAAUUUAUUUUCGUGUAAAAGACAGGAAUGUAUUAAGAGAAGAAAUCAAAGAAAAGUUCAAAUAUGAAGUUGACAGGACUUCGCCAAGCAACAAACUUAGAGAUUUCAUGGACUGGUCAAAAGACAUUAUGCUCGAUAUUAAGAAACAGCAAAGAAUAUCAAAAAAUCCGCUUGCUAGAUUCCUGGUGCAGUUCUGGUGGCACUUUAACAUCAUGGCGAUCCUGUUUAGCUUUCUGAUUGCGAUUGUCGUACUGGUCACUUGGAAGGAACCGGUCAAUCCAGAUGGAACAUCACAAACAAACAGCUCUGUACCAUUGUACCUAGGACCUGGGAACGAGGCUAAGAUUACAAUUUACGUCCUAUGUGGAAUACAUAAUCUCAUAUGUCUCUUCGUCUACAUCAGUUACUUCCUGAGCAAUACUCCAACGUUUCCUACAUCACAUGAUGUGAAGAGCUUCUUUAGUAAAAUCUUUAUAUCCUGUAUGGGGAGGCCUGCAGACAAACGCAAAGUGCAUGGAAUCUCAAAUGAUGAUGAUGACAAUAGAGAUUCUAACCUUGAGAUUAAAUUCUUUAGUGCCAAAACAUUUUAUUAUACAUUAUUUCUGGUUAUGUCUGUGCUAGGGACCGUAUAUCAUGGAUAUUUCUCCUGCUUCCAUCUCAUCCACAUUGUUAAUGUCAACCAGCUACUUGGUCGCGUUAUGAAGGCCAUCACUAGCAAUGGUAAAUCUCUUUUGUGGGUCGCAGUGUUAGGCCUGAUAUUCUUCUACAUUUACGCCCUCAUUCUCUUUGGGUUCUGGAGGGUUAUCUUUGACCCUCAAAUAGGCGGUUACUGUACAACAAUGUACGAAUGUCUUGUCACUGUGAUGCACAAGGGGCUAAUAUUCGGCAUAUUUGAUGAGGAUUACAUGACUUCACCCGGCGACCAGCCUUUUCAAUAUUGGGCAAUGAAGGCAGCUCUUGACAUUUCAUUCUUUAUUCUUAUCACCACUAUUGGUCUGAACAUCAUCUUUGGUAUCAUUGUGGAUACUUUUUCUGAACUCAGGGACAAUAAGUGGAAAAUUGACAAUGAUUUGAUGACAACAUGUUUCAUAUGUAGCAGAGGAAGCUACGACUUUGAGCACCAAGGAGGGGGUUUUGAGCACCAUGUCAAGACUGAGCACAACCAAUGGGCAUAUCUCUUCUUCUUCAUACAUCUAAGUGAGACACGAGCAAAUGACUACACGGCCUUGGAGUUUUACGUCAACAAACUGGUUGAAAAGGAGAAUUUGGACUUCUUCCCCAUGAACAGGGCUCUAGCUUUACAGCAUGAGGGCGACAGUGCCGAGAUGAAGAUGGAACUGAUGAUAGAACAAAUCAACUUCCUGGUACAACGAGUCAGGGAAGAUGAGGUUUUCAAGCAGAGGGAGUUAGAACGUAAGAAACAACUUGAAUGGGAAGAACAACAUAAAACAGUAUCAGGUCCAGGAAGACGAACUAAAAGUCCGGACCAGUCACGGCGGAGCAGACCAGCUGAUGAUGAUUAAAAACAUAAUGUUCAAGAAGAUCGUAGACUGUAUUAACUGACACUCAAUGUGCUGCCACAUGCCGACGUUAGGGAAUUUAUGAUGACAUGAUUGAAUUUGUAUCAGCAGCGACAAGCAUUGAAGAACUGUUGUACCAUCAUCGAAUUGCUCAAAAUUUGAGUUAUCCAAUUCGUAGAAAUUAUGUUAUAAGAUAAUAUGAUUAUCUUACAAAUAACAAAUUUAAAAAAUGAUCAAUGAGCCAAGAAGUAUUAAUUUGAUGUAUGUUCAUAUAAUGUACCAUAUCAUUUUGACACUGGUAUAAAACUAUUUCAAUUAGAGAAAUGUUAACUAUAUUUUGAGAUGUUUUGUACAAUUAUUUUCUGUUAUAUGAUAUAAACUAUAUUUUUAAUGUAAAUACUAUACCGAUGGCUGUAAAUAAUAUGUAGCAUGUAGGUUGAUAACUUCAAUUUAUGAAAGUGGACAUAUAUUCCAACUAAUAUUAUGCACAUUGUGUCCCAUUGUAUAUAGCUACGUUCUAGUCAUGCAUCAAUCGGACUUUGUACAGUUUUGCCCAAAGGAUCUGACUUGGGUUGUUAGCUGAUGAUCCAAGUACCGUUAUCUCGAACAAUUACAAUGAUUGGGUAGAAAUUGCUAUCGAAGGAUGCCUCGAGUAGAAUCUUUAAUUUGCACUACCUGGACGUCAUUUGUGUUAAGUAAAUUGUAGUAUGUAUUUAUCGCACAUGUAAUAUAUAUUUAAGAAAUAAAUAUAAUGAUUAUGAUCUCUUUACUGUAACAAA